AUGGGUCAACAAGGCUUUUUAAUACCGGACAGAUAUGUCCGUGAAGUUCCCGGUGAAGUCAACAUUAAUACCGCCAGCAUAUUAUGGGGCAUUUCUCUCGGUGUUGCUGUCUUCUCAGUGGCCAAGGCGUCGGAGCAGAGCUGGCGAGCAUGGAAGAGGCGGCGACGUGUGACAUCUGAUGUCGCUAUGAUCUGGGCUGUUUGGUUCAGCACUUUGUUUUGGGCACUCCAAAUCCAAUUCCUUCUUCAGAUCAUCCUCAAUCGUCUCGGUCUUUUAAUGGUUGUUCCCGGCCGAGCCGCGCGUCUAAAAUGGAUCGUAUUCGCCAUCAUCUUGGCAGUUAAUAUCAGCGUGUUCAUCAUCUGGAUGCCAGCACGCUUACAAAUCAACGACCAAUGGAUAUGGAUGAAUAAUAUCUGGGACAGAUGUGAGAAAGUCAUCUUCACCCUGGUUGAUGGAGCGUUGAAUGCAUAUUUCAUCUACCUCAUUCGGUCGAGGCUUAUUGAGAAUGGGUUGGCCAAGUAUAUUUCCCUCUAUCGUAUGAAUCUGUUUCUUAUCUUCGUAUCACUUUCAUUAGAUGUUGUGCUGGUCGGGCUCAUGUCUUUGCCAAGUAGUCUGGUUUAUCUCUCAUUCCACCCAGUGUGCUAUCUCCUAAAACUACAAAUCGAAAUGAAAAUGGCCGAACUCAUUACAAAGAUCGUCCAGUCAUCAGGUGUAACAGGCAAAGACAACACUUACUGCCAUCACUCCAGCGCCAACCAUGCAAAAAGCAUUCCAACAAAUACCAUAACCAAGCCCACCGUCACUCAUUCCCAUUCAGGUGUCCAUGGAACAAUUCCCGGAACCAACACCACCCAUAUCGAGGCUGGGGACCGCGAUAGCUCUAUUGAGAUAGAACAUCAAGGGCGCAUGAUGAAAUUCCUUGCAUCUCAGUCUAUGUCUCAGUUAUCCUCGCGCUUUUCUACAGAGAUGCCAGUUGGGGAAUUUAUGCCUAACGGUCUAGGUACCGAUCUGCCCUUAACGUCGAAGGACCCUACACUUGGUUACAAAUUGUUCCACGUCAUGUUACGCAUCCGAGAUCCUGUACAAUCUUUACACUUCUAUAUCGACCUGAUGGGAAUGCGAACAGUUUUCACUAUUGACACCGGCCCAUUUACGAUUUACUAUCUUGGGUACCCUCAAACGGACGAGCACCGGGCAGAUCUAGACAAAUUUGCCCGUGAUACUCUAGCUCAUUUAGCCUACACCCCAGGACUUAUUGAGCUGUACCAUGUACACGGGUCAGAAAAUGAGCCUGAGGGCUACUACAGUACUGGAAACCAACCACCGAAUCUGGGCCUCGGACACAUCGGGUUCUCUGUACCUGAUGUCCCCCGCGCCGUUGAACGCUUGAGGAAUCACGGUGUUGAGGUGAUUAAAGAUUUAGGUGCUGCCAGUCGAGAAGAUAUUCCCUUAAGCCAAUGGGAAGCUGGAAGGAAAAUUGGACUGGGUGAUCUUCAUCCUGCUUACCAGCAUGUAUUUGGACAGAUUGCGUUCGUAAAAGAUCCGGACGGAUAUACUGUCGAAUUGGUUCCCCAGAAACUUCAAGAAUGA